AUGCAUUGUGAGCCCGACAUGGUCUGCGAGACGAAGAUCGUGGCCUCCGAGGACCAUGAGGCGCUGCCGGGGGCCAAGAAGGACGCGCUGCUCGCCGCCGCCAUGUGGCCCCCGCUGCCCGCCGCGCCCCCGCCCGAGCCGCAGCCCGAGCCGCAGCCGCAGCCCCUGGGCGGCGCGGGGGGCGGGGGCGCGGGGCCCCCGGAGGGGCGCGGCGUGCACAUCCGCGAGUUCCGCGCGGCCGAGCAGGAGGCGGCGUGCCGCAUCUUCUACGACGGCAUCAUGGAGCGCAUCCCCAACACGGCCUUCCGCGGCCUGCGGCAGCACCCGCGCGCGCUGCUGCUCUGCGCCCUGCUGGCCGGGCUCUGCUGGGCGCUCACCGGCUCGCUGCUGCUGACCGGCCUGGUGCCCGCGGGGCUGCUGGCGCUGCGCUACUACUACAGCCGGAAGGUGGUCCUCGCCUACCUGGACUGCGCCCUGCACACGGACAUGGCCGACAUCGAGCAGUACUACAUGAAGCCGCCCGGCUCCUGCUUCUGGGUGGCCGUGCUGGACGGCAACGUGGUGGGCAUCGUGGCGGCGCGGGCCCACGAGGCGGACAACACCGUGGAGCUGCUGCGCAUGUCCGUGGACUCGCGCUUCCGCGGCAAGGGCAUCGCCAAGGCGCUGGGCCGCAAGGUGCUGGAGUUCGCCGUGGUGCACAACUACUCCGCCGUGGUGCUGGGCACGACGGCCGUCAAGGUGGCCGCCCACAAGCUCUACGAGUCGCUGGGCUUCAGACACAUGGGCUGCAGUGACCACUACGUGCUGCCCGGCAUGACCCUCUCGCUGGCCGAGCGCCUCUUCUUCCAGGUCCGCUACCACCGCUACCGCCUGCAGCUGCGCGAGGAGUGA